AUACUAAACAUUAGGGUUUAUAGUUUCUCUUAUAAAUUACCAAUUUUUUUUCGUUUUCACUUCUCAACCAGUAUCACAUAGCUAGGGUUUUCGGCGCCUCCAUCAAGAUAGAAGAGUAAUUUUCUUCCGUCCCAAAUCAACACCGAAAAAUGUCAGGUGAAGAUGUGGCUGUUCCAGUUGCAGCUGAGCCAGUUGCUGCUGCCAUUCCUGGUGAGCCAAUGGACAUUAUGACUGCAUUGCAGCUUGUGCUGAGAAAGUCUCUGGCUUAUGGCGGUCUUGCAAGAGGUCUUCAUGAAGGUGCAAAAGUUAUUGAAAAGCAUGCUGCACAGCUCUGUGUUCUAGCAGAAGAUUGUGAUCAACCCGAUUACGUCAAACUAGUGAAAGCCCUUUGUGCAGAGCACAAUGUUAGCCUGUUGACAGUUGCAAGUGCAAAGACCCUUGGAGAAUGGGCUGGUUUGUGCAAGAUUGAUUCAGAAGGCAAAGCUAGGAAGGUAACCGGUUGCUCCUGUGUGGUUGUCAAGGAUUUCGGGGAGGAACACGAAGCUUAUAAUGUUGUUCUGCAGCAUGUGAAAUCUAACUAAGUCUCAAUAAGUUUUGAUUUGUGGGUUUCAAUUUGUAUUUUUUAUGAUUCUGAGGAUAUUUUCACCUCAGUUUAGAUUUUCUACCAGUGAACUUUGAUGGUUUAAACCAACUUUGCCAUUAUCAUUGCUGCUGUAGUUCUGUUACUCAAGUUUGUCUGCAUACUCCAAUUUUGUUUGUUAUUGAGACUGACCUGUUGAGUGAAA